AUUGCAUUUGUCGGCCAGACAUCAGAAAGUUAACUUUGAACAAUGUCACAGGCGAUGACGCUUCACUACGAUUUCAUUCGUUUUGUUCUGUGUGACAUUAACGGUACAUCACGGGGACAACUUGUUCCCAUCCGGAAUGCAACGCAAUAUUUUCAACAUGGAAUUGGAAUAUACCAAGGUAUUCUCCGUGCCGUACCUUCAGGUAGAAUUGUACCUCUAUCCUCUAAGUAUCCCCAGACGUUGGGAAAUAUACAGCUGAAGCCUUCACAAGAAACGUUGCACCCUGUCACAUGGAUGGGCGGGCAAGACCAUAGAAUUGGACAGGUGAUAUGCGAGACAACCUGGGAUCUAGAUGCUUCUCCCCAAACCGCAUGCCCCAGGUAUGUUGCCAGAAAACAAAUUGAACGUCUUAAUGAGAUGGGGUAUGACAUCCUCUCGGGGGUGGAAGUGGAGUUUAUGCUUUUUGAUCAAGUUACAAAGAAGCCAAUUUAUGAAAGAAGCGGAUACUGCAGCAAUAACAUACUGAAUAAAUUCAACCAUUUCUUCAUGGAUCUAGACGUUAAAAUGCAAGCUGCAGGUGUCGAUAUCGAUCGGUUUCAUGUUGAGAACAGCCCAGGAAAAUUUGAGGCAGUUUUAAAACCCAAGAAUGGCAUACACAGCCCUGACAUGGUUUUUAAGUUUAAGGAAGGUCUUCUGGAAAUAGCUGAUCAGAGGGGCUAUGACGUUUCAUUCAUGCGGAAAACAGAAUUAGGAAUUGGUGCAUCGGCGCAUUUUAAUUUUUCCAUCUUAAAGAAAGAUUCAGGUGAGAAUGUUUUCUACGAUGAUCACCAAGAAAACGGUCUAUCAGACUUCGCCAGGUACUGGAUAGCGGGUUUGCAAGAACAUCGAAAUGCAGUGUGUGCAGUUUCAUGUCCAGAUGUUACAUCCUAUCGGGUUCUUCACAACCAUGUAUUCGCACCGUCCUCAGCUGAUUGGAAAAUUGACGGCCGAGGGGCUAUGCUUCGAGUAAAGAAAAACGGAAAUCACCCAUAUAUAGAAAAUAGGCUUCCACCAUCAUGUAGCAACCCAUAUCUCAUUUUGGCAAUGAUGAUAGCCGCUGGAUUGGAUGGUGUUAUAAAUAAGUUAGACUGCCAUUCUGAAAGAACAGCUUCUGGAGAUACAGACCUCCCCAAAACGUUAUCGGAAGCAUUAGUCGGACUUGAAUCUGAUUCUGCUAUCGUUGAAGCUCUUGGUGAAGAAGCAGUAGCAUGGUUUGUGGAGGUGAAAAGAGAAGGGGAGCUGAAACUGUUUAAAGGAAUAACCGAUGAAGAUGUUGCAUUACAAACAGAGAAAUAUUUGUAUUUUUGA